UGAGAUUGUAGCGAGUGGAGGUGUUGAAGAUGAGGGUGGUGAUGUUGGUGGUGAUGUUGGUGGUGAUGGGGUGUGUAAAUUCAUCACCUUUGUCGGCAUUUGUGGUGAAGGGACUUUUCCCAGUGAAUUCUAAGGAUAGCGAGGAGGCAUCCCUGACGAGAUUCCUGACGGCGGCGCUGCAGGAGAUGGGCACCUGUGACCUCUCCUUGGCUGUGGGGGAGAGGGCGGCGCAGCGCUGGCCUGGCCUCAUCUACUCCCUACUCCUGAUGGUUCCUCUUCCACGGCAGGUCCUAACAAUCAGCGCCUGGCAGGACUUCGCGGGGAUCUCCAGGACUUCCUCCACCUGCCAGGGCAACGUGAUCAUCCUGCAGGACCCCGAGACGCUCCUCACCUUCGUCUCCAAUUCACCUACGGAUUGGGACUACGACGGCAGGUUCGUGGUGGUGGGGUUGAACAAGACACACCUGGAAGCACUAACGAGAAGCAGGUGUGGCAGGAAGACCAAGCACAUCGUGGGGCUGGUCCAGUCCGAGCGUCGUCCAGGUGUAUGGGAGGUGUUCGUCAAUCAGCUGUACUCUCACCUGGGCACAGCACAGGUUACCACAUGGACAGGUACACGCUUCACCCUCCCUCGCCCGCUGUUCCCGGAGAAGCUUGAGAAUUUUAAUGGAGCGAAUCUGAAGGUGGUGGUGGUGGAGUACAACCCGGCCAUCUUCUACCUGCGGGACGGUCGGGGCAGCAUCGUGGACAGGUACGGGCUGGACAUAGAGGUGAUCGAGGCCAUGGCGAGGCUCUUCAACUUCACGCCCAGGUACAUCGAGUCGCCGCCAGGUGAGCUUUGGGGUGAGUUACUACCAAACGGAUCAUUCAGUGGCAUGGUGGGGAUGAUCGGACGAGAGGAAGGGGAUGUGGCCGUGGGGAACGUCUACCUCUCCUCCUUUUUGGGCCGCCUCAACUACCUGUCCUACUCUGCCUCUUAUGCGACCGACUGGAGUUGUUUCCAAGCCCGCGUGGAGCCUCCCUUACCCUACUACCUGGCGCUUGCUCUACCUUACCGGCUCACCACCUGGCUUAGUCUCCUCGGUUGUACCCUGAUGCUGGUACCUGUGCUGCACCUGUUGGCCACGCCGGAGGAAAGACAGAAGCAAAACUGGACCAGCAUCUCUGACAGCCUCCUACAUAUACUCGGUCUUCACUUUCGGAUCCCGCAAACACGAGUACCGGCCGGGACAACUCCGAGGGUGCUAGUGGCUUUCCUGUGGCUGUACGUGAUCAUUAUAACAACGGGAUACAGCUCCAACUUGACGGCCUUCCUAACGGUUCAGCGCAGCCCGGCCGGUGUGGAGACGAUCAAGGAACUGUACGAAUCGAAAAUGACUGUUCUGGGUCUGGGGCAGUACUUCAAGUUUAAUAUGAUGCAGUCUGCUAACCCGUAUGUACAGGGCCUGGCGGGGACUUACAAGCUGCUGUUCAACGUCGAGGAGAUGGACUCGUUGAUAGAGCGCGGGGAGGGCGUGGGGAUACAGGGGAAGAAGUACCAACUGUAUAUCAUCAAAAAGAGAUACUCCCCACGCGGCACACCCACCGUCAGGAUACUCAAGGAGUGCUUCAUGUCGCAUAGCAUAGCCUUGGCCCUUCAGGUUCACUCCCCCUUGAAGCCGCUGUUUGACAGAGGUGUGAGUCGCGUCGUGGAGAGCGGCCUUGUGAACAGGUGGUUUGCGGUCUCAAUUAGCAGGGCAUCGCAGGAGGACGAGGGGGAUGAGGAUGACGAGGACGAGGAAGGCAAGAGGGAAGGAUUUCUGGCCCUCUCUCUGGCUCACAUUCAGGGCGUCUUCUUCAUCCUAUUCUUCGGCUCCCUUGCGGCCCUCCUCCUCUUCUGCCUCGAGCUAGUCUUUGGAAGGAAGUGAAGAGUGGCCGGACCUUUGUUUCCUUAUGUUUGUUGGUGAAGAUGGUGAAGGAAAUGACCAAACGACGAACAAAAGGAAAUAUCUAAGUGUUAUCUAUAUUAUACGUAAAGUCUGUCUGUAAGUAUGUUAUUGAAGAAGUAAAA